AUGUCAGAAGUUAAACUACCCUUUAGAGUGAGGGCGAGAUAUGGUUGGUCAGGUCAAUCGAAAGGUGAUCUAGGUUUCAUUGAAGGUGAUAUUAUGGAAGUCACUAGAGUAACAGGUGCUUGGUAUUAUGGUAAAUUGAUGAGAAACACAAAAUGUGCAGGUUAUUUCCCACAUAACUUUGUAACAAUAAUACAACAACAAACUAAUCAAUUAUCACGAUCACAAAUGAACCCCACAGGAUCAAUGACAUCAUCGUCUCCUAAGAAGAGAUCUGAUCAUCAGGAUUUAAAACAAAAAAUGGUUAUUCCGGAUAUUCCAAACAGGUCCACUAAUGAAAAUAAAUCAAUACGUUUAAAUCGAUCUUCAAGAGAUAUGAAAUUAACAAAUUCUAAUGCGAAUAUAACAUUGUCUCCAAUUGCUACAUCGGUAUCUACAGAUUCUUUACAUUCAUCUCCAUCAUCUCCAGCAUAUAACUCACCAAAUUCUUCAUCUCCAUCAAGUCCCAUGCAUGAUAAUUAUAUAUCGAAGAAACAUAUGUCUAGAAAUCAUUAUCAAUUUUAUGAACAAUAUCAACAUCAAUCAUCUCCAGAUUUAGGUUCAAAUCGAAGAAAAUCAACGGCUAAUACUUCAAGUAAUUUAAAACCACGCCAUCAAACUGGAAACAUAAAUAAUCAUCCAUUACCACCAUUACCACCAUUACCUAAUAUGUCAUCUAAGAGACAAUCUAUGAUCUCUAAUCGUUCAAGAGGACCAAUCAAAUCAUAUUCUUCAAAUGAUGUUACCUCUUCCAGAAGUAAUGAUGAUCAAUACUCUUAUCAACGUUCUCAUCAUAAGCAACAGCAUCAUUAUUAUGAUGAAGAGAUGGAAGAUCUUUCUAGACGUUCAUUAGAAGGCAGUAGUAGACUACCUUAUUUGCAUCAAAAUAUAGCAUCAAACUCAUUUUCAAAUUCAAAAUAUAUGGAUUCUUCAACAACUGAUAGUGAAAAUAGUUUCGCAUUAAUGAGUGACUUUAGUGCUACAAGUGCAGGUAGUUUUGCAAGACAUAAAUAUGCUCAAUCAUUUUCUGAUUCUUUACAAAGAUCCCAAGCAACUCCUUUGUCAUCUUCUAAUGACAUAGACUUACUACAAAACUCAAUUAACGGUGGUUCAUCUCCUGGUGAUUCCCCCAAUACAAGUAAUAAAGUAUCUUUAUCGAAUUCAAAUAAUGGUCAAAUGGGGAAUCUAUUAAGAAAAAUAUUACCAAGAUCUGCUAAUAAUAAUAAUACUAAUAAAAAUGGUAAUAUUUCAAAUAGUAAUAGUUAUCCCAAGCUACCUUCUCUGCAAAAUUUGAACAUCAACAGUUCUACUUUCGGUUCUCAUUCAGAGGCUAAGGACUGGAUCACAGUUAAGUCACAGGUCAAUAGAUCUAGAACGUUAACAAAAUAUGAAAAACAUCCAAGAUAUAUGAGAGCUUUAGAAAAUGAUCGCGAAUUGGUUCUUCAUCCACAGGACUCGAUCUACAGUGGGUUAAACACAAAUGAAACUAAAAUGGGUACUUCUCCUGGGACCGUUGAUUUAUUAUUAACAGAAUUAAAUAUAGAUUAUAUUGACCAGAUGACAAGAAGACGUUGCUCAAAGGAAAAUGAUAUGAAGUUGAGCUCAUGGUCCACCACCACUUUUUCUGCCAGAUAUGGUACAACAUUGGAAAAAUUGAGAGGUGUUUAUAUAUUUUGUACAGAAAUGUUCGAUCUGGUGGACGAUAAUGGAAGUUCUGAUUUUAGUUCAGAACCAACUAACUUAAAUGAAAUUCUUCACAAGAAACAUUGUACACCAUAUCAAUUGACUUGGCUGUUCAAGAGACUUGCAAAUUCCCUUGGUAUUACAUGUGAAAUUGUCAUUGGGUUUUUAAAAACACCAGGAAAUGAUAAUACAGAAUUUAAGUAUAACCAUUGUUGGUUGCGAGUUUUAAUCAACAGAGAAUGGAGAUUCAUCGAUGUUAUUCUUGGCAAUACUACGAACCCAAUUCAUGCAUUUAUCAAUAAUCAUAAAAGAAAGACAGCCGAUGAUAGUUAUUUCCUAGUUGAACCAUUGAAGUUUAUCUAUACACAUAUUCCACCAAGAGAAUUCGAGCAACACAUUGUUCCCAGCAUUGAUCAGCUAUCAGCGUUAUAUUUACCAUUGGUAUUCCCGUCUUUUUUUAAAAAUGAUUUAACACUACAUAAUUUCAGCACAGCCCUCUCCCAUUUAGAAGAUUCAGAAAUCUAUGAAUGUUCUUUAGAGAUUCCUAAUGAUAUUGAAAUAUUUGCCUCAGUGGUCGCUACCCCUGAUAAUAACGACCCUACAAUGGCAAAGAGAUAUUCUGAGAUGAAUUUAGCAUUGACACAAAUUAAGAAACAUAAACCUGAAUCUGGGCGCCGUAUUGCAGUAAUUAAAGCAGUUUUACCUCCAGGCGCAUCCUCUGGUUCGUUGUAUAUACACUCUGGGCUAAGAGGGAAACAGGUUUCGAUUGCCAAUGUACAUCCAUUAUCUAUGCUAGUUCCAUUAGAACAUAAACGUGAGGAAAUGAAAUUCGAAUUCGUUAUACGUAUUCCAUCAGAAAAUGUUCAAAAUAUCGAAACAUAUAUUAAAGAACCUCAAAAUCGUUAUUUGUUUGUAAACAAUGAAUACAAUUUUGAGAUCAUUCAAAAUCCAUAUGAUGGUGUUAUAUAUACAGAUAGUGGAGAUAUUAUUGAUGAUGGGAAUAGGGUUAAAAAUAAGAGACAAUCGAUGGCCAUCAAAUCACCUUCAGGUAAAAUAUAUGAAAUGAAAAAACAAUAUCCAAACACGACACAUGGGACUUGGAAUGCAUGCAUUACCUUCAGGGAAGAAGGUAUUUGGACUGGUUUGAUUAAAGCAGACUCAGGGAUUGGUUGGUGUCCUUUUGCAGAGUGGAUCUGCAUUUCAUAG